AUGGAGAUCCGGCAGCACGAGUGGCUCUCGGCCUCCCCCCAUGAGGGCUUCGAGCAGAUGAGGCUGAAAAGCCGCCCCAAGGAGCCCUCGCCGAGCCUGACCCGAGUGGGCGCGAACUUCUACAGCAGCGUCAAGCAGCAGGACUACAGCGCCAGCGUCUGGCUCCGGAGAAAAGACAAGCUGGAGCACUCCCAGCAGAAGUGCAUUGUGAUCUUUGCACUGGUGUGCUGCUUUGCCAUUCUCGUUGCAUUGAUAUUUUCGGCCGUGGACAUCAUGGGAGAGGAUGAGGAUGGACUCUCAGAAAAAAAUUGUCAAAAUAAAUGUCGAAUUGCCCUGGUGGAAAAUAUUCCUGAAGGCCUUAACUAUUCAGAAAAUGCACCAUUUCACUUAUCACUUUUCCAAGGCUGGAUGAAUUUACUCAGCAUGGCCAAAAAGUCUGUUGACAUAGUAUCUUCCCAUUGGGAUCUCAACCACAGUCAUCCAUCAGCAUGUCAGGGUCAACGUCUUUUCGAAAAGUUGCUCCAACUGACUUCUCAAAGUAUUGAAAUCAAGCUAGUGAGUGAUGUAACAGCUGAUUCAAAGGUAUUAGAAGCCUUGAAAUCAAAGGGAGCUGAGGUGACCUACAUGAACAUGACUGCCUACAACAAGGGCCGGCUGCAGUCCUCCUUCUGGAUUGUGGACAAACAGCAUGUUUACAUCGGCAGUGCAGGUUUGGACUGGCGAUCCCUGGGACAGAUGAAAGAACUUGGUGUCAUCUUCUACAACUGCAGCUGCCUGGUCCUAGAUUUACAAAGAAUAUUCGCUUUAUAUAGUUCAUUAAAAUUCAAGAGCAGAGUACCUCUGACCUGGUCCAAGAGGCUCUAUGGGGUCUAUGACAAUGAAAAGAAAUUGCAGCUUCAGUUGAAUGAAACCAAAUCUCAAGCAUUUGUGUCGAAUUCUCCCAAACUCUUUUGCCCUAAAAACAGAAGCUUUGACAUAGAUGCCAUCUACAGUGUAAUAGAUGAUGCCAAGCAAUAUGUGUACAUCGCAGUCAUGGACUACCUGCCUAUCUCCAGCACAAGCACCAAAAGGACUUACUGGCCGGACUUGGAUGGGAAAAUUAGAGAAGCAUUAGUUUUGCGAAGCGUUAAAGUUCGACUCCUUAUCAGCUUCUGGAAGGAAACUGACCCCCUCACAUUUAACUUUAUUUCAUCUCUUAAAGCUAUUUGCACUGAAAUAGCCAACUGCAGUUUGAAAGUUAAAUUUUUUGAUCUGGAAAGAGAGAACACUUGUGUUACAAAAGAACUAAAGAAUCACACCUUCCCUAGAUUAAAUCGCAACAAGUACAUGGUGACGGAUGGCGCAGCUUAUAUUGGAAAUUUUGACUGGGUAGGGAAUGAUUUUACCCAGAAUGCUGGCACAGGCCUUGUUAUCAACCAAGCAGAUGUGAGGAACAAUACAAGCAUCAUUAAGCAACUUAAGGAUGUGUUUGAAAGGGACUGGUACUCACCCUACGCCAGAACCUUGCAGCCCACCAAGCAGCCGAACUGCUCAAGCCUCUUCAAACUCAGACCCCCUUCAAACAAAACUGUCACCUACAAUGCAAGUGGGAAGGACCCCUAGAGUGUAUAGUCUGAAUGAACAAACUUACAGGACAUCUUGUAUUUCACAUUUAUAUAAAAAAGACUUGAGGAGAGAAAAACAAUUUAAUAUGUCUUUUUUAGGGAAAAAGCACACAAAAAAUAUUCUCUGAAUGACAUGUAAUAUCUUAUCUAACAAUAUCUUAGCCGCGUGUACACUAAAUUUAAGACUUUUGUAUUUGUUACUUCUGACAGGGAAUGUCAUUUUGGCUUUGAAGUUAGUUUUUACGUUUGCAUACAAAUUUUAAGACUUUGAUGCCUCUUCCUUUCUAGUUUUAGAACUUUUUCUGCUGACCACCUGGUCAGUUCUUAAAAAGUUUAGCAUGAGGUAAGCUCUUUAAUACCUUUCUGAAAACUGCUGAUUUAGAGAGGAGAGUGAGGACUUUGCCUUGGAGAAGAGACUGAUCAAGCCAAAUAUUUGUCCUUGGAAACAACUUCCAAGACCUAUAUAGUCAUGUAAGCAAUGAACAGCUUACAUCUCAUGCCAAUCUUCAACACACCUUUUUGCCUCCUUCUGCAUUUUUUCCAAUACCAUAGCUUUUAUUUUCUAUCCCUUUCUCUUCUCACAAAAUAUUAUAUGGCACCCCUAUAUUCACCUAAACAUUAGUUCCGAGUAUGACUGUAUCUUUUGAAAAUGUAUGAAUUGUUCAGAAUGGAUGCAAAAUGUAAAAAGCAGUCUUUAAUUUCCACCUUUCAACUGCAUUUUCCCCUACCAAAUUGAUAUUUUAAAACCACCGCCAGCAAUGUGUAUUCUUUCUCUCAAGCUCAGAAAAAUUAUGUAGCCAGCUGCUAAUAUCCAGCAAGCUAUUAAGUCUGCAUUAUAAGAAUAAAGUAGUUUUUCACAU